AUGUCGACCACACCCGUUUCAAAUGUCACGCUGGAUCACGAAAAAACGGCAACCCAGGCCGAUGAUGAACGAGCAUACAUGUCCCAGGUGGGCUGGAAGGCGUUAUUUGGCUUUACAACAAAACAGCAUGUACCUGUAAUACUCGGCGGCAUUGCGGCUGCGUCUCUCGCUGCCCUCUCAAUGCCCAUAUUUGCCAUCAUCUACGGUCUCAUCUUUCGCGAAUACACAAACUACGGCGCUGGCAACUCUGACAGUGAAAAGCUCAUGAGUAGUGUUACCCGGUUUUGCAUAAUACUUGCUGGAAUCACAACCGUAACUUGGCUCGCAAACAGUUUCUACUUUUUCUUCUUUCUUACAUUUGGCGAGCUCCAAGCGAGAAGUGCUCGCAAUAUAAUCUUCGAUGCUCUAAUGAGAAAGGACAUGACAUGGUUUGACAUGAGAGAAGCGGGCAUCGCUGCAUUUCUUCCCACAGUUCAGAUGCACAUUCGCGAUUUGCAGUUAUCUGUAUCAUCGCCUUUCGGUGAGGCUUUUCAGGCCCUUGUUCAAGGAUUUGCGGCACUCGGCGUAGCCUUCUACUACUCCUGGGACCUGACACUCGUCAUCUUGUGCACUAUCCCUCUACUAUAUUUGGUCCAAUCAUUGGUUUCGAAUCGACUUUCUGUGCGAGCACGCGAACAUGGCGAAAAGCUUGAAUCUGCUUUGAAGUACAUAACGACUGCAUUAUCAAGCAUUGAGACAGUCAAGUGCUUCAAUGGGGAGCGACACGAGCUUCAAGUUUUUACGAUGAUAGUCUCUGUCGCGGCAGGGCUGUACCGACGCGUCGCCAACCUCCGUUCCAUACAAAUCGGCAUCAUGCAGUUCUUCACCGUCAGCGUGUUCGUUCAGGGUUUCUGGUAUGGCAGCCACAUAAUUGAUACUGGGGCCAGUGAUGCGGGCAAGGUUCUUACAACUUUUUGGGCAGCACUCAUGGCGAUGGCUGGCGUCACAUCACUCAUGCCCCAGCUAAUCGUACUACAAAAGGGCAAGACGGCAGGCGGAAAACUAAUGAUGCUGAUGAACCAAAUAUCGACAAGCGACUGCCAGCUCGAGUCACAAGGCCAUAGAAAGCCUCCGCGACGUCCGGGCGACAUUGAAUUCAAACACGUAACCUUCUCAUACCCUUCUCGAGCCGACGAAGUCGCAAUACGCGACGCCUCACUUUUUAUCCCAGCAGGAGAGACUACCUUUGUCAUUGGAAAGAGCGGUUCGGGAAAGAGUACACUGGGUCAGCUUCUUGUUCGCUUCUAUCAGCCGUCUUCAGGUCAGAUACUUUUGGACGGUGUUCCACUUGAGGAUUUGGACGUUCAGUGGCUUCGAAAAAAUGUUACGCUCGUGGAGCAACACAGUAUACUAUUCAACGACACCAUCCGACGGAAUCUCGCACUGGGAAAGCUUGAGGACACAAUUGACAUGGACGACACAAGCAGUGCCGUAAAGUUUGCCAUGUUGGAGUCAGUUGUGGAAGGGCUACCAGAUGGCCUGGAUACAGAUCUUGGUAUGGAAGGUAGCUCGUUGAGCGGUGGUCAGAAGCAAAGGAUGGCUUUGGCUAGGGCAAAGAUACGCAACUCGCCCGUAUUGAUUCUAGACGAGUCGACCAGUGCGCUUGACUAUGUCACAAGAGCGGAAAUACUGGAAGCCAUACGAAAGUGGCGAAAGGGAAAAACAACAAUCAUCAUCACCCACGACAUCUCCCAGAUCCAACCCACAGACUUCUUAUACUUGAUGGAAAACGCCCGGGUGGUGCAAGAGGGAUACCGAAAAGAGCUGGAAUCUCAAGAUGGGGCUUUUCAAGUCUUUCUCGACUCGCACGAGGAGCCUGACGAGGACGGCGAGAAUGAUUCCGACGACUCAUAUGAUAGAGACGAUGCUGAUGAGAUUAUAUCGCUCUAUGAUGAGCCAUGGACUGUUCAAAGACCUGCGAUGCACCGUCCGAUGUCUGCCAUUCUCUUCGGACAGUCGGUUCUAGAACCCAUUAUUGGAAAUCGUUUGUCUUAUGCAAGGAAUGCGCCGACAAAUUUAGGCAUCGAUCUUGGAAUAUUGAUGCAUCAAGGUGAAGAAGAAAGGGGUCGACAGUCGGUGCGUAAUUCCUUUGUAGUGGAUCAAGAUGCCCUCAAGGCACCGCCUGGUACUCCGGGAUUGAAACAGCCUCCUGGCAUUCCCACGUCUGCUCCAAGUACCUUUCCAUCAAAAGAAUAUGGCUCAAGACCGAGCUCUCGCGCCUCGUCGCGUCUUUCAAACUCAUACCCACAGCAGCGUCUGUCUUACUCAAAGGAAGAGUAUGGCUCACGACCAGUUUCUAUGCUGUCCAGUCGACCAGCCCCUCGCUACGGAGAACGUCCUCGAUCUCUUGCGAUCCGGGGCUCUUCAUGCGUCCGUUCAGAUGUUCCAAAAAAGCGCUCUGGCAAAGAAAAUCUCUUGUCAAAAGCAAGCCUUCUACAUCGUAGCCGUGCCAAGAAGGACGGCAAUCCUACAGAAUCUCUUCCCAUGAAAGAUAUAUUAAUGUCUGUGUGGCCUGCCAUAGAUUGGAGAUCGCGCCUUCUUCUCAUCGGAGCGUUUUCCUGCGCGAUCGUUCACUCUGCAGCUACACCUUUGUUCGCCUGGGUAUUCGCAAAACUCCUUAACACCUUCUAUGGAUCAAGCACGAGGAACGAAGAAUCCCGUAACUAUGCACUGGCGAUUUUGGGCAUCGCUGCCGUCGAUGGAAUUGCAAGUUACCUCAUGUUCUUCCUCUCCGACACGGUGGCACAGGCAUGGGCUCUGUCACUCAAGACGGAAGCCAUGCGUCGCAUCCUCGUCCAACCACGCGAAUUCUUCGACAAAGAGGAAAACAGCAUGUCAAGACUGGCGGAGACAUUGGAUCACUUUGCUGAGGAAGCACGCAAUCUACCUGGGCGUUUUGCGUGUGUGUUCGUGGUGAUCAUUGUAAUGAUACUGGUCUCAGCCACAUGGAGCAUGGUGAUAUCCUGGAAGCUGGCGCUUGUAGCUUUGGCUACGGGCCCGAUACUCUUUGCCAUUACAAAAGGCUACAACAUGGUUAGCAGUCGGUGGGAGAGAUUAGCAAACGAAGCAGACGACAAGGUUGGUGAGGUCCUUCACGAAACCUUCAUCAAUAUCCGAACAGUCCGCUGUCUCGUAUUGGAAGACCACUUCCGAAAGAAGUACAACGACGCAACAACAGAAGCCGUCAAUGUCGGCAUCAAACGAGCCUUGUACUCUGGUUCCAUCUUCGGCCUCACCUUCACCGGCUCAAUCUUCGUCGCCAUACUCCUCUUCUGGUACGGCGGCCUGCUCAUCGCCCGCAACGAAUACACCGUCGACUCCGUCAUGCAAUGUUUCCUCGUCCUCAUGCUCAGCGUAAACCACGUCAGCUACAUGGCGCACUACUUCACCCAAAUCAACAUCUCCCGCGAAGCCGGAACCCGACUGCUCCGCCUAGCCAGACUCCCCACCGACUCCCACGAACUCCACGGAGCAGUUCAAAUCCAAUCUGCGGGCGAUAUAACCCUCAACAACGUAAACUUUUCAUACCCUACACGUCCAGACGUACAGGUCCUCCACGACGUCUCCUUUUCCAUCCCCCAUGGUAGUUGCACCGCUAUCGUCGGAUCAUCUGGAUCAGGAAAAUCAACAAUCGCUUCCUUACUCCUCAAACUAUACCAGACGAGCCCUUCACCCAUCGAUAACGGCAACGGCAUGUUCAUCUCCUCCCGCGACAUCAAAACCCUACACACCACAACACUCCGCUCACACAUAGCAAUCGUCUCCCAAACACCCGUCCUCUUCCCUUGCACAAUCGCCCAAAACAUCGCCUACGGGCUCUCUCCCUCGCUCUUCGAGGCAAGCAUGGAAUGCAUCCGCGCCGCGGCGGAAGCAGCAGGCGUAGCGGAUUUCAUCGACAGUUUACCACAGGGUUACAAUACGCUUGUUGGCGAGGGUGGAACGGGGCUGUCUGGCGGUCAGUCACAGCGUCUUUCUAUUGCGAGGGCGUUGGUAAGGGAGCCAGAUGUGCUGGUGCUGGAUGAGGCGACUAGUGCGCUUGAUAGGGUGAGUGCGGGCGUGGUGAGGGAUACGGUUCGUAGACUUGUUGCUCCUUCUUCUUCGUCUUCUGAUAGGGCUGCUACGCCGCGCUCACCACCGUUGUCCCCCAGGUCAAGGGCCGGUGGCGUGUGGGAUGAGUUCCGUCAUGGUACUCCUCCUACAGCUGCUAUACACGAUGUCGACGGUAACGAUAAAGACUGGGAUGUCAAGGUUGUGAGAGAACAACAGAGACAGCAGCAGCAACGGCAAGGGAAACAGCCGCGCAAACAGAUGACGGUGGUUAUCAUCACGCAUGCGAGAGAGAUGAUGGCGAUUGCGGAACAUGUUGUUAUGCUGGAUAAAGGGAGGGUGGUUGAGGAAGGGGGGUUUGCAGAGCUGAAGAGGAGGAAGGGUGGGGCGUUUGGGCGGUUGUUGAGGGGGGAGAGGGAGUUGUGA